AUGUUCGGGAAGCCAGACAAGAUGGACGUCCGGUGCCACUCGGACGCCGAGGCCGCCCGGGUCCCGAAGGGCGCGCACAAGGAGAGCCGCGAGCUCAAGGGCGCCGAGGGGAGCCUGCCCGCCGCCUUCCUCAAGGAGCCGCAGGGCGCCUUUGCGGCGGGCGCCGCGGAGGACUGCAGCAAGAGCAAAGCCAGCCCCUCCGCCGACCCGGACUACUGCCGCCGGAUCCUGGUCCGAGAUGCCAAGGGCUCUAUCCGAGAAAUCAUCCUGCCCAAGGGCUUGGACCUCGAUCGGCCCAAGAGGACACGCACGUCCUUCACGGCGGAGCAGCUCUACCGGCUGGAGAUGGAGUUCCAACGUUGCCAGUACGUGGUGGGCCGGGAGAGAACUGAGCUGGCCCGGCAGCUCAACCUGUCGGAGACCCAGGUGAAGGUCUGGUUCCAGAACCGGCGAACCAAGCAGAAGAAGGACCAGGGCAAGGACUCGGAGCUGCGCUCCGUGGUGUCGGAGACCGCCGCCACGUGCAGCGUGCUGCGGCUGUUGGAGCAGGGCCGCCUGCUGUCGCCGCCCGGCCUGCCCGCGCUGCUGCCGCCCUGCGCCACCGGCGCCCUCGGCUCGGCGCUGCGCGGGCCCAGCCUCCCGGCCCUGAGCGCGGGCGCCGCCGCGGGCUCGGCCGCCGCCGCCGCCGCCGCCGCCGCCCCGGGCCCCGCGGGCGCCGCGCCCCAGCACCCGCCGGCCGUGGGCGGCACCCCCGGGCCGGGGCCCGCGGGGCCGGGCGCCCUGCACGCGGGAGCCCCGGCUGCCGGCCACGGCCUCUUCAGCCUGCCCGUGCCGUCGCUGCUGGGCUCCGUCGCCAGCCGCCUGUCCUCGGCCCCGCUGGCCAUGGCUGGCUCGCUAGCCGGGAAUUUGCAAGAACUCUCGGCCCGGUACCUGAGCUCCUCGGCCUUCGAGCCUUACUCCCGGACCAACAGUAAAGAAGGGGCCGAGAAGAAGGCGCUGGACUGACUGAGUGUCGCCUGUAUUUAUAUCUAUCGCACCCACCGUGGUGGUAUUUAUGGACUCGCGCCUUGCGCGCCCAGGCUUCCGCGCUGGCCUCCGCGGCCCGCCGGCCUCUGACUACUCCCUCACCCAGCCCGCCGGCCACCGGUUCCGGCUCACUUGGGCUGGUUUUGUUCUCUCUACUCUUUCUUCCUCCCGCCAACCCCGGUUUCCGCCUGAAUCCAGGAAUGAUCCAAAGAAUUGGGGAGAAAUUACCCGAAUUAGCCACCCCCAGCCCUGCCAGCCAGGAAGUAACAGCGGUCCAGGCCUGGGAUCCCUGGUCUGGACAGGGCGCUGUGCACUGCUCCGAAGGAUAUUCGGAAGAGGAACUGCGUUCACAAACCGCCAGGGACUGAAAGAGCUUCUUGGUUUCUUUAGACCCAGAAGGAAGGGCCUCUCCCUUCUUGUCAGAGAAGCCAGGAUUCUGGGGGCUCCUGGCCUCGAGUUUUAGAGUUCUCGGAAUCCUUGGUGCAGGAGCGAGCAACAACUGCCCAGAACAGAGCUGAUGAGUUUUAUUCCCCUUAGGAAAGCUCCGAUCGCAGGCUCCCCGACCCUGAGACGCGAUAAAUCACGAUAAAUUUGUCUUGUUAGGCGAAGGUGGUAAUAAAUUUGAUCUAACAGCAAGCAAUAAAGCAAGAGUAAUUGUUACGUAAAACCAGAUGGGCACCUGUUUUUGAACACACAGAAAUAGUUGAGUUUGCAGGGUGUGAGAAAUUCGGGCUAGAGAAUGCAUCACAGGGUCGUGGAAAUCAAAAUCCCGAGUGCUGUGACUUUAGAUAGGAACUUAAGAGGAAAAGCAAAGCCAAUGACUCCAAGGACAGAAGACUCACUCUCCUCUUCCGAGGCUGUGCGGGCGCAGUAGCUGGGGGCUUUCUUCCCUCCUGGCUCUCCCAGAACGAAGCUACUGCGGAAUAGCUGGGGUCAGAAUUAAAUCAACAGCUAUUGCUCAUCUCCUGAACCCCUGUGUCUAUGCCGGCUUUUCACGGAGCAGGAAGCUCCGGGAUUUCCCAGCGGCUGCUUGCCGGAGGACAGGAUGGUGCCUGGCGUCCGGCCUUCAACGGCCAGUGGUUCCUUGUGUGGCAGCCAGGACACGCAUUUCCUCUCCCUUCUUAACCUCCGGUGGCAGCCACCCAGACUUAGAACCCUUCCCACCACGCGGGUGCGGCCCCAACCCGCUCAGCCCCCACAGCCACCGCCACACGCGCGCGUUUUAACCAAAACCACAGACCCAGAGUGCGAGCAGCCUCGGUGUAGAAUGUAUCCGCCUGUCUGAAACAAGCGCAGAACGUUAACAAAGUAACUUUAUUGUAAAGUAUUUACAUCGGAGGUUUUCCCUUUUCAUUUUUCCAUUUCUUCGCUUGCUUAAUUUUCUUUCCUUUGUUCUCUCUCUCAGCAAAUAGGGAAGAAAAUAACAAAUCAUUCAAACGCGGGUAGUGUCGCUGAAUCCUGGCUACUAAUUGUGUUCUGGGUGUCUUGGCUCUUUGGAUGUUUUUGUAUUUAUGUGGUGAGAGUGAAAAAAAUAUAUCUAUGAUGAUAAAGUGUAUUUCUGUUUUAUAUUUGAAAGAUUAAAAAAAAUCACAA